CCUCGCGCUCACUUGACUCCUGCGCAUCCCUGAGCGGAGCCGUCGGUACAAAUUUAAAGGAGCACGAGACACGCAUGGUGCAUGUGAGGAGCUCAUUUUAUUUUUUUACGUGAACACGGUUAAAACGUGAGGUGUUUUUCAGAGCCAGGGAAGGACGGACCACGGCGGGGUCCAUCUUUGCCCGGGACACUAAACGGCUGACGUUUCAAGAAAGCUGCUCGAAAACUGCGGUAUAGUUCGAUACGACUUAUUUUGGAGUUUGUUGUGAUUUCGGUACACUUCUCCACACCGCGGACCACAGCCGUCGCAUUAGUUUGUACAAGCUGUCGAAUGUUGAAUUUUACGGCAGAGUGAAUUUACCCCCCUUGGAAGAGUCUCCCGUACUUCGGACCUGGGGUGCGCAGACGGUAGCGCUCGAGACCGAAGCCGGACAACGUGCACCUUCCUCCGUGUUGCCAUCGCCAUCGCCCAAGGAAUAUGUUGAUGAAGGAGUACCGCAUCUGCAUGCCUCUGUCCGUGGAGGAGUACCGGAUUGGCCAGCUGUAUAUGAUCAGUAAACACAGUCAUGAACAAAGUGAGCGUGGGGAGGGGGUGGAGGUGGUCCAGAACGAGCCGUACGAGGACCCUGAGCACGGAUCAGGCCAGUUCACCGAGAAGCGAAUCUACCUCAACAACAAACUGCCAAGCUGGGCCAGAGCCGUGGUCCCAAAAAUCUUUUAUGUCACAGAGAAGGCUUGGAACUAUUACCCCUACACUAUCACUGAGUACACGUGCUCCUUCCUGCCCAAGUUUUCCAUCCACAUAGAGACCAAGUACGAGGACAACAAAGGGAGCAAUAAUGAUAUCUUUUGCAGCGAGCCCAAAGACGAGGAAACAGAGGUGUGUUUCGUGGACAUCGUCUAUGAUGAGAUCCCCGAGCGCCACUACAAGGAGUCAGAGGACCUGCAUUAUUUUAAGUCAAAGAAGACUAACCGAGGCCUCCUGCAGGAGGGAUGGAUCAACAGCCAAGAGCCCAUCAUGUGCUCCUACAAACUGGUCACUGUCAAGUUUGAAGUCUGGGGCCUGCAAACACGCGUGGAGCAGUUUGUGCACAAGGUGAUUCGAGACGUCCUGCUGUUGGGACACAGGCAGGCCUUUGCCUGGGUGGAUGAGUGGAUUGACAUGACCAUGGAGGAAGUCCGAGAGUACGAGCGCGCCACGCAGGAAGCCACCAACCUGAAGAUCGGCAGCUUCCCCCCCGCCAUCUCCAUCUCAGAGACCCCGCUUCCCUCCAGCGCCCGCAGCGGCCCCAGCAGCGCCCCGACCACCCCCCUCUCCACAGAAGCCCCCGAGUUCCUGUCGGUGCCGAAGGAGCGCCCCAGGAAGAAGUCCGCCCCGGAGACCUUGACCCUGCCAGAUCCGGGCCGGAGGGACUCGCUCUUCAAGCUGCCCAGCUUCUUUUCCUGGAACUCCAGCCCGCAGCCGGAAUGAGGGCCGGGCCGCGCCACUGGUGAAGCCCCCCCCCCCGUUCGCCCUGUGGACCAGCGGAGGACGCCUGAGCAGCACGUCCCACAACAAGCCCCUCAGCCAGCUGAAGUGAAGCCGAGACUUUGCACCGCCCUGGCGAUCCAAGCCCCCUCAGCCGACUCGCCGACUGUUACAGCCAAAGCCUACAGCCUCCGACAGGCAGCCUGAUGUCCAUAGCAAAACGUCCCGCCAGGUGUAAAGGUACAGCGCGUCCAAUUGAGUCCAACAAAAGCAGCUGGAGACACAGCGCCAACCGUCAGACGCUAUCGUCAGAUUGAGUGUAGUGUACAUUCCUGAAACCGUUUUUAUCCCACAGAUUGUCACCCCCCUUGCUUGCGUUGGCGAGGUGUGUUGAGGUUCAGUCACCGCACAUCUUCUUUACAUGUACAGAGUUUGUUUUUUUCUGCCUCAGGCGUCGGAGUGUCUGGCUUUGUUAAAUGGACCUUGUGGUUUGGCGUUUCUAUUUAUGUGGUUAGGACUUUACGACCACUGUAUCCGUUAAGUGUUUUUACUGUCAGGUGUAAGGUGAUUGCGUAUUCUUGUAUAUAUAUUGUAUGAUCUAUAUCUAACCGUUAGUAAUUCAAACAGAAUAUCAUAUUUCCAGGGAGAUGCUGCUAUUAGAUUGUAAUUUAAAGAACAGGACUCUCUAUCGUCUUCAAGUGUUUAUUAUAGUGCGUCACUACAAUGCCUGUAAAUGGAGAAGUAAUUGCAUGAUUCUGCAGAGACUGAAUAAUAAAUGUUCUUUGUCCUCUUUACUAGCUCGGCCUCACACUUGAUGUUGUGUUAACGAGUUUUCACAGACUGAUCAUUUGGUUCUGCAUGUUGUUUUGCUGCUUAAUUCCUUUAAAUUGUAUUCAUUUUUUGUCAUACUGUUGAUGGGUUUUGUAUUCAGUAAAUUUAAUUAAAAUUCAAUACUGAUAUCUAUAA